GCCGCGUGCCCAACCCGAGGCCCGGGAGGUGGUUGCGGAGUGAAUCUUCUGGAAGGCGACUUUAAAGGCGCCGGGCCAGAGCGAAGGGCGUUUCGGUGCCGCCGCCGCCGCCGCCGCCGCCGCCCGGGCCGGGGAGGGGGCGCGUUGGAAGCAGAAAGCGAGCUGCGCCGAGGUGGUCGCGGGAGCAGCUGGUGACCCGCGCAAGAUGAACCACAAGAGCAAGAAGCGGAUCCGCGAGGCCAAGCGGAGUGCGCGGCCAGAGCUCAAGGACUCGCUGGACUGGACCCGUCACAACUACUACGAGAGCUUCUCGCUGAACCCGGCGGCGGUGGCGGAUAACGUGGAAAGGGCAGACGCGUUACAGUUGUCCGUGGAAGAAUUUGUCGAGCGCUACGAAAGACCUUACAAACCCGUGGUUCUGCUCAAUGCCCAAGAGGGCUGGUCUGCUCAGGAGAAAUGGACCCUGGAGCGCCUCAAAAGGAAAUACCGGAACCAGAAGUUCAAGUGCGGUGAGGAUAAUGACGGUUACUCAGUGAAGAUGAAGAUGAAAUACUACAUCGAGUACAUGGAGAGCACUCGAGAUGACAGCCCCCUUUACAUCUUUGACAGCAGCUAUGGUGAACACCCCAAAAGAAGGAAACUUCUGGAAGACUACAAGGUGCCCAAGUUUUUCACUGAUGACCUUUUCCAGUAUGCCGGGGAGAAACGCAGGCCCCCUUACAGGUGGUUUGUGAUGGGGCCGCCACGCUCUGGAACCGGAAUUCACAUCGACCCUCUGGGAACCAGUGCCUGGAACGCCUUAGUUCAGGGCCACAAGCGCUGGUGCCUGUUUCCUACCAGCACGCCCAGGGAACUCAUCAAGGUGACCCGUGAAGAAGGAGGGAACCAGCAAGACGAGGCUAUUACCUGGUUUAGUAUCAUCCAUCCCCGGACGCAGCUUCCCACCUGGCCGCCUGAAUUCAAACCCCUGGAGAUCUUACAAAAACCAGGAGAGACUGUCUUCGUACCAGGAGGCUGGUGGCACGUUGUCCUUAAUCUUGACACCACCAUUGCCAUCACCCAGAAUUUUGCCAGCAGCACCAACUUCCCUGUUGUAUGGCACAAGACGGUAAGAGGAAGACCAAAGUUAUCGCGGAAAUGGUAUAGGAUCUUGAAGCAAGAGCACCCCGAGUUGGCGGUCCUGGCCGACUCGGUUGACCUUCAGGAGUCCACGGGGAUCGCAUCCGACAGCUCCAGUGACUCCUCCAGUUCCUCCAGCUCCAGCUCGUCCGACUCGGACUCGGAGUGUGAGUCCGGGUCUGAAGGGGACGGGACGACGCACCGCAGGAAGAAGCGGAGGACGUGCAGCAUGAUGGGAAACGGGGACACCACCUCCCAGGACGACUGUGUGAGCAAAGAGCGCAGCUCCUCCAGGAUUAGGGACACUUGUGGAGGCCGGGCUCACCCCUGAGCAAAGAGAGAGACUGUCCCUGAGGUGGUUCCUGCGUACGUGGUUGGCGGCCACCUGACUCAGUUUUCACGUCUUCUGCUCCCUCCUUCUCCUCUGUCUUCUCUGAAUUUGGAUCAUCCUUCUCUGGUCCAAGCUUCUGUCUUCGGUCAAAUGCUGUUUUCACUGCUUCCUAAGAAUAGAUGGCCAAGAAGUUUAAAAGCUCACGACCCUCAGUGAAACCCCGAAACGCUGCAGGCCCGUGGGCCCCUGGGUGACAAGGCCUGUGCUGUCUCUGAACCACGCUGCUCCGCCCCGAGGCCGGAGGGUCGCCAUCCCGGGAGCGGCCGGCUGCAUCUGACCCCUCACCGACCGUUGGUGCAGAACCUCUGCCGUCCAAGAGCCGGCUGCCCACCAGCGGGCCCUGAGGGGCGAGCGGACUCGGAUUUGCGUGCGAGCCGGUUACGCGUACGAAGUGCCGCGUGUGCGCCACCUCCCCGUGUCACCCUUUGUCCGAAGCCGCGUGGCGGUGACCCAGCCGGCACGUGCGGCACCGCUCACCACCGCAAGCACUGUCUUGUGACGCGUUCCCUUCUCUCUGCCGUCGGAGGGCCUCGUGCGUCCCGGUGGUGUGUGUGUGCCGAGUGUCCUGGGGGGAAGGACGCCGCAUCGGGGUCUGGGUUGGGGACAGAGCAGGAAAGGUGUUCAGUGCAUUCUCAUCACGGAACGUGAAUGAGGAACGGGGCUGCCUCCUGACAGACGCGUCCUGGUCCUUCCUGCCGCGUGAUCUGCUCCGCAAGAGACGUCGCGAUGAGUGUCCCCGUUCGUUUGACCGGCAGACACGACAAGGUGGGCGGCUCGGGCUGCACGUCUGGAGUGAGGUCGUAUACGGUGCUUCUCGCCUUUGGGAUCUUGUCUGGGCUUCCAGACGACUCCGCCGUGAACGCUUGGGGAUUGACCAGCAGGUUUCACGUCUUGCUCUCUUCAUUCUUAUCUGCUUGCCUUAAUCUGUCCCUGAAUUCAACGAAACUUAAAAGUAAAAGGGGGCUUGGCAGGGACGUGCCAUCUUCUGGGUGGGAACGCAGGCCAGGGCACGAGCAGCCGGAGGGCAGAGGAGCUCUCACCGUAGUCUCCCGGGCGAGCCGCGAGGUGUGUGCACGCAUCCUGGAAUCGUGUGGUGUCGCCUCCCCCAGAUCCUCCCGACACGUGGCUUUAAUCUGGGGAACCCAGGUCUCUUCUGUGCAGAGGUUACAUUUUUAGCAGAGUGGUUACCAUUUCUCGACACUAGGUCGGUCGAGUGGCUUUACUCUAGGAGGUUGGGCCCCUAUUUUGUGUUUUUUGCAUCCUCAAAUGCCAAUGCAAAGAAGCGGCUGGACGGGAUGGAGAACAUCUGCCACCUUCUCAGCGCUGGCACCGGUCACCCACCCUCCUUUCCCCGCCCGGCCACGGGGCUCAGGCGGCCCCGGGCUCCAGGGUGUGUGUGCGUGUGAGUAAAGUCACACACGGAACUUGUAACCUGUUUGUAUUAAUACCUGAAUGGUGUUCCUCCUCCUUUUUAAAAUUUUCUUGCCAUCUUCAAAAUAAUUUUUUCAUCUCCCCAGUAUUGCUACGGGGCGAUCGCACCUUCCUCUCAAAUUCGUACCAACUUCUCUCUAAGCCUCGGUUUAAAGGAAAACCAACAAAAGCAAAAGGCUAUUUGCCGCCAGGGGGCGUGCAGUGGCUGCGACGACAGGGCAGUUUGAAUUGGAGAGAUUAGCCUCUCCCCCCUCCUGCCCCCCCCAGAGGCUCCAGCGAUGGGUGAUUCCUGUUUGACAAACAAUACUCAGAAAUAAGGGAUCCAGCUCGUCUGGCAGACUCGCAGUCCCUUCACCUGAAAGCAUCUGGCUCACACAGAUUACGUGCUGCCAUUGGGCUCUCGCCGGCCCACGAAUGACCAUGGACAGUCUUUGUUUUAGCCAGGCCGGGAUUCAGCACCUCCCACGCCUCCCCUUUUACUGUCACCGUGGGCCAGCCGAGCACACCAGCGUGGAAAGAAAGCAGGGCAGGGAUGGGGUGCGGAAACUGAGAAAGGAGUGGAGUGAUGGCCGGGUGCUCAGGACAAGGUAGAAAGUGGGGACCAGGGCCAUCUGUUCUGACGUCAACCCUUCUGCCCUCGUGGCCUGAGCUGCUCCGCGUGCCAUCAGCAGUAGUGAGAGAAGGAUACCGCAUGAAACUAUUUUCUAGGGAUUCUUCCCUAGACCCAAUGCGCUGGGUCCUGGAACGAGGGCUCUUGGACUGGUAACUGAUUGGAGCAGGUGGAUGAAGAC